GCGGAGCAGCUGCGCGUUGUCCCGCAACAACGUAAACAAACCACGACGGGCGGAUCUGGUGGUUGGCUUUGAUCGUUUCAAGUAUUCGAUAUGCCAGGUACCACAGCUCAGAGAGUACCAGGCCAGAGCCAGACAAUCCAUGAUGUUGUGAGGGACAGCGAUGUGUUCCACCUGGAAGCGAUGGUCAAGAAUGGUGCCAGUAUCAACGAGGUUGAUGAACGAGACAACUUCACCCCGCUCCAUGCAGCGUGUAAUGUAGGGGCCUUAGAGUGUGUGCACUGGCUGCUCUGGCACGGAGCGGAUGCCACCGUGACCACUCCCCGUGGCUGGACCCCAGGACAUAUUGCUGCCAUCAGAGGUCAGGACGGCUGCCUCCAGGCCCUGGCUAACAACGGUAUUAGUCUGACAGGGAAGGACACUCGUGGCAGUACCCCCCUACACCUGGCGGCCGCCCACGGCAACUCCUUCAGCCUCCACACCAUACUGAGAACAGGAGUGGAUGUGAAUGCCCUGGACAAGCAUGGAUGGACGCCGAUCCACUCUUCUGCAUAUCAUGGGCGUCUGGGAUGCAUCCAGUUGCUGGUCAAAUGGGGAGGUUAUCUUGACGAGGUGGAAAACAAUGGUAACACACCAGCCCACCUGGCAGCUAUGGAGGGCCACCUGCCCUGCCUCAAAUACAUUGUCACCAACUCCGGCAACACCAUGCACACACUGGGUGCUAGGAACGACAAUGGCGAAACACCCAAAGACCUGGCCCAACAGUUCUACAAGGAGAACAUCCUGGAGUACAUCAACAACAUAGAGUGGGAAAGAGAUCACCCAGUGCAGGCUGAGAACCUAGCAUUCCCAGCACAUGUUGCGGCCUCAAAUGGAGACUUGGAUCAUGUGAGAAUGUUGGUGGAGAAUGGUGUUGUCAACAUCAAUGAGAGGGAUGACAAGGGAUCAACACCAGCUCACAAAGCUGCUGGCCAGGGCCACAUCCACGUGCUGCAGUGGCUUAUUGAGAUGGGGGCAGACAUGGCCAUCAUGAACCAAGCUGGAGAAACUCCAAAGGAUGUGGCUCGCAGGUUCUCGCAGCUGGCCUGCAUCAAGCUUCUUGGAGGUGACACAGAGCAGGACACUGAAGUAGUUGUUGACGACCCCCGGGAAGAGGAGAUGGGCGGGGAUGUUCGGUCCAACCAAGCUAUGGCAAAGGGUCGGGCAAAGAUGCGUGUGGAUGAGCUUGAGCGUCUCCUUGAGAUUGCCAAGAAAAACUUCAGCCAGCUUGGUGGCACCAUGGUGGAGGACAGACAUCGCUUACAGCUGAUGAGAGACAAGGAUCACACCAUCAAGGAGCUGGAGACUCUGCUGGAGUAUGAGAGGGUCAAGCGUGAGAAACUGGAGUGUCAGCUGGACGACUUCCGGCGGGAGCUGGCCUUCCUGCGCUCACACCUGGACAACACAAAGAUGGACCCUAUGAGUGACGAGGACUUAAGACAACGGUCCCGUAAGAAGAGAUCUGGAUCCGCAAAGAAGAAGAGCUACGGUGAUGGUGGAGUGUUCAUCAGGAGGAGUGUCACGGUUCCAACUAAAGGCAGCCGCACUCGGAUAGUAUAGCACAUUCACCCUGUACAGAUACCACACUUCUCAGUAUAAACGUAUGGUAUUCACCUCAAUACUGUACCAGUUUAUGGUACUGACCCAUAGUAAGGUGGCCGCGAGAGUCCUUUCUGCCAUCAUCAGAUGUCUGGAGCCUUAUAGCGUGAGUGCAACCCAGAAGACUGCCCUGUGGUUUAAAGACACUGCAGUACAUUUUAAAACUGGUGGAAGAGAGAUUUAGUUCAGUUAUGGAUUUCUAACUUCAUAUUUUGUUUUCCAUUCCUAAUUAUGAUACUGAGUUACACACAUGACCACUCUACCCAAAGCCACAACAGUGAGCCUGUGCUCUGGCACCAACUCCCAGGAAGUACAGUUUUGGCUGGUCAAGGGGUCAAGGGAAGCACCAUGUAACAAAGUAGCAGUAGCAAUAUGCCUUGGUCUUGCUUCCCCUGUUCAGGAAUAUAGAGCCACACUACAGACCAACAAAGCUUGGUCUGGUUUACACAUACUGAUCAUCUCAGAGUGUCUCAGUUAAGAGUAGCAAUGUUCACCUUGCUCCCACCAACAGUGGGAGACCUACAGUUUACAUGUUUCUAUGUAUGAAGGUACUCAAGGAAAUAGAAAUAAAAUGGCUUUUGGUGUUUAUUUGUUUAUUACUUCAUUAAAACAGGUAGUCAUAACAAAUAUUAAUAUAACUAUGUUUUUCCCAACUGGGCCUUUUAAUUUGGUCCUCUAAUCAUCAUCCAAAAUACCAUUUUAUAUGUAAAAAAAACAAAAAUUUGCAUAUUAUCCACAAAAUUAGAAACAUGUUAUAACACAAUCAACAAUUGGUGGAAACAACUACCUUUACAGUGGGUUGCCAUAGCGAUUGUGCACUUGACAGUCAAAGCUAUGAAUGAACUCAUAAAAAUAGUACAUUCAAAAUCCCUAAAUCAAUUAUUUUGUAUAUGAAUUUUGCUAAAAGACCUAAAAGGAUGAAUGGUAUAUGACAUUUUUCAUAAAACAUAUUAUGUACCCGAACCUGUGGAGAUUACAUCUCAUCUGCAUACUAUAGCUUGAAUCAGAAAUGUACAUUUUGACUUUGAUGAAAUUUCAAGGGGUAAAAUUGACUCGAUUACCUCUCCUGUAAACUCAUCUAUUUCGGAUGAAUUUACCAAAAGUGAUAAAAACAAAACGUUGGGAAAAACGAUAGUCACAGAAUAUUUAACAGUCAAACUUUAGUUGUGUUAAAAACUACGAAAUACACGCCAAAAACCAUUUUGUUUCUAUUUCCGUGAGUACUAUAGGUGGUACUGUUGUAUAUAAAGAGAUCUGUAUUUGUUGUAUGAUAUAUUCUAUAUACAGAUCUGUACAGUCAAGUGUCCACUCAUAGGUGUCAAUGUCUUGCUUUUACUUGUAAUGAUAAAGUAUUGCAAUAAAUCUACAAAUACCU